GUAAGUCCGAGCAGGUACAUUCACGUAUCUUUGUACGCCGCGAUAGCUCUAAAACGCUCUUUAUCGCAAAUCGCAGCUUCAGGGGCAUUUGUCCUGAUAGCAUUUCACGAGUCGAUGCUUGGCGUCUGACGCGAUAUAAAGUCGAAGAGCGAUUAGCGUCUCUCGUUGUGCCCAGCUGUAGGUCUCUAAUUGCUGCGAUACGUGAUUCCUCUUCCAGUGGUCAUGACGUCCGCGGUGAAACUUGGCGACGUCCAGGGCAUUCCCAUCGUCAACUUUGCAGCCUUCAUCGAUGGCUCAAACAAGCAGGAGGUAGCAGAUGCCAUGCUUGAUUCGUUCAAGACUGUCGGAUUCGUUUACCUUGUGAAUCAUGGCCUCGCAAAGGAGAAGAUCGACGGGAUGUUCGACUGGUCGAAGAAAUUCUUCAAACAGCCUGUCGAAGUCAAGCAGCUCGCUCCUCAUCCAGAGUCGGGCGCCCACCAUCGAGGUUACUCUGCGCCUGGAAAGGAGAAGGUGUCGCAGCAUGUGUACGACGCCGGCGAGCUGGCAAAGCUUCGUGCUAAGGCUCCCGACGCGAAGGAGAGCUUCGAGUGUGGCCGUGAACAUGACCCGCACAUGUCCAACAUUUGGCUGCCUGAUGGCGUACUUCCCGGAUUCAAGGAGGCGUGCCUCGACUUCUUCUGGUCAUGCUACGAAAUCGAGAAGACGCUCUUGAGAGCGCUUGCGUUGGGUCUUGGCCUUUCAGAGGACUAUCUUGUCGGCUUUCAUAAAGAAGCCGAUAAUCAGCUCCGGCUCUUGCACUACCCGAGUGUGUCGAUCGACGAGCUCCAGAGGGAUGAGAUUGCUAGGAUCGGUGCACACUCUGAUUUCGGUAGUAUUACAUUGCUGAUGCAAGACGGCGCUGGUGGAUUGGAGGUGGAAAGUCCCAAUCAGCCUGGCGUUUUCACGAGCGCUGUGCCCAUUGAGGGCGCCAUCGUUGUAAACGCAGGUGAUUUCCUAAACCGAUGGUCCAACGAUACGAUCAAGAGCACUAUUCACCGUGUUCUUGCACCACCGAACCUAACCAGCGAAGACGGUAUGACACCGGAACGGUAUUCUAUUCCAUACGACUUUGGGCGAACUGUUGACUGCCUUCCUGGAACGUACUCGGAAGAGAAUCCAAAGAAAUAUGAGCCGAUCUCAGCGGGAGACUACAUCAAGUUCCGGCUUACACAGAACUACUAG